AUGGCCUUCAAUGCCGCGAGCACCGCCUGCCCUGAUGAUGAGAGUUUCUUGUCUGCGAAAGCGAGAUUCCGGUGGACGUGUCGGGAUUUCAUGAGAAUGGGGGUGAUGUGGAGCGUGUCUUUCACCUCCUUGGCGGUCUCGGACUGCGCUGGCUCGUUGAACCUGCAGGGAGCCUGCUCGGCGGACCUGACCUCUUUGAUGGGAAGUUUCACCUAUUUGGCUUCAUCCAUUAGCCUGAUGACCCUGAACUGCCCCUCAGGCAACCUGCCUCCGGUGGUGGAGAAGAUUCAGACCUUGGAGGCCAACAAGGCUGCUCAAGCCGCAGCCAAAGCGACCUGCGUUUUUGAUGUGGGACACGCUGCCUUUUGGCUAGCUCGCGUGGGCACCAGCAUCACGCAGGAGCACCAGGGCUACCGUUGUGGGGCAACGCUCCAUUGCACUCCGGAGAACGUGGCCAAGGGGGAAGCUGGGAAGGUGGCCUGCGCGGUGGACGUGAGUGGCAUUGUGGGUGCUGCGACCUUCGCUGCAACUGCCAUCAUCUACGCGGUGGUCGGCUGCCCUGCACUGGUGAACAAGGUGGUUUGGGUUGUGAGUCAAGUUGGAGGUCGUGCCCCAAGCUGGCCAAAACUGGGUGAAGACCCCAAUUCAGUUGAUUGGAGCUGGGCCGGUGUUGAUCCACCAUCCACCCUUCACUCGUGA